CGAAUUUCCCACGCUUUAGCCUCUUUUUGCUUCACUUCUACUUCUACCUUAUUAAUUAUAAAGCUACAUAACUAGCUAUCAAUACCAAUAUCAAAAUCUCGCCUAUCUUAUAUUAUAUUUUUAUUAGGAAAAGAUAUACAUUGUUAUUACAUAAUUCCAAUAUUUCAAGUUGCCGUUUUCUUUUUUCUUUUUUCUCCUUAUAUGGCCAAUCCUAAUGCCAAUGCGACGCCGCCCCAAGAAGACCAACCACACCCCAUACAAGUCCCUGAGCCAGGUCUUCUUCACCCAGAGGAACAGACAAACCCAUCUCCUAGACCGGUCCGAUCACCCGGUGCUUCAUCGGGUCAGACCGGAAGGCAUCCUAUAUAUAGAGGGAUUCGAUGCCGGAGCGGGAAAUGGGUGUCUGAGAUCCGUGAGCCACGUAAAACUACGCGUAUAUGGCUAGGUACGUAUACUACUCCUGAAAUGGCAGCUGCUGCGUACGACGUCGCAGCACUAGCCCUUAAAGGCCCGGACACAGCCCUGAAUUUCCCGGAAUCUAUUUUGUCUUACCCAAUACCGAUAUCUACUUCUGCUACUGAUAUAAGGGCUGCUGCUGCUAGUGCAGCGGCUGCUAGACAGCCCAACCAAGAAACCGUGUCAAAUCCAGACGGGGGUCGAGAUGAAGCGAAGUGGAAGGCGGCGACGUCGUCUAGUGGCACUAGCCGUUUUGAGUCAGAUCAAGAAUUUAUUGAUGAAGAAGCUUUUCUGAACUUUCCAAAUUUGCUAGUGGACAUGGCGGGAGCAAUGAUGGUGAGUCCUCCAAGAAUAAAUACGCCUUCGUCUGAUGAUUCGCCUAGGAAUUCGGAUGCUGAAGGACUAUGGUCUUACCCUUAAUAUAAAUUUAGCCCAUUCUCCUAGUACAAAAGGGAUCUAUUUUAAUGGUAAUGUAUGUUUUUUUUUUUUUCUUUCUUGAUUUAGAUCAUGGGUUUUGUAUGUGCUGUGCCAUCGACCAUUUCAUAGAGUAAGAUAGCUGGUAGGAUGAUUUGGGUGGCUGCAUAAGAUAAUUUAGGUUUGUAUAUUUUACACGUCAGGGGUACGUCUCUACCAUGUUUCUAUUUGAUUAAAAAAUGAGAGUUAGAGACUUCCUCGAGUCCAUUCUGAGAAAUCGGUCUGAUAUUUUAUGGUACGGAUAGCCUCUCAUCCCCACAAUUGUUUCAGACUUUUCCUUUUGUUUUCAUUUUUCUUUUGAGUUUUUAUAGCUUAAGACACGGGGGUUAGAGCUUUAUCGGACAUGGCUAUAGCUAAGGCUAUGCGGUGCUAUUCUAUUGUUACAUCAAACUCUAUCCUUUUCUUCUUCUUUUUUCCUGCUCUUGAAAUGGCAUUGUAAUUAUCUUUCCUCUUUUGUUAUUGAUUUGGACAGUGAUGUAUUAUAUUAGUUUUCUUUUUUAGUCACAUGAUGUGCAUUGUACAAGAACGAACAAUGUCGCAAAUAGUUGUAAAGAUAAUAAGUUGAUGUUUUUUGGGGUUCAAUUAUCAUUAUCUGCCAAAUUAAAUAAUAGCUAAAAACAUAACUCACAUGCAUCAUUAUUUGCAGGUAGGGAGUUGAGUUAGACAACAUGUUUUUAUGGGAUCUCUAUUGAGUUUUUUGUUUGGCCUGCUUGCUAUGCUUGCGAAGCAGAAACUACUAGUUUUGAUUCUUUUUGUUCCUCUUCAAGUAUAAAUAAUCAGAGCACUGGUACAAUGUUGCCUAUACAAGGUCUUUUUGAUGUUGGUGCAGAAGAGAAUAGAGUUUUUCUUUUUUGCUUCCUCACGGUCUUUGCACCGUUACAUUUGUUCAUGUUCCAGGUUUUGGCAUGUUCAAAUUGAAAAAUUCAACAAGGAGGAAUCUGUAAGGUAAGAAAGUGGAGAUAGUCUCAGUCUCAGCCAAAGAUAUGUUUAUGUUUAACUGACUGAUUUUCUUUCUGCCAUCUCCUGGCCUUGUAAAGUUCUUCCUUUGGGCCCCAUAUACCUGCAAAUUCUGGCACUGUAAAGAUCAGUUAUCAAUGACUAGUUGACUCACUUUGCCCUAAUAACUAGAGUUGGGAAUCAAUGGCAAGGCCUAACGUUUUUAACUGAAAA